AGGGAAUCUCAUCAAACAUCUGUCCUCGUAACUCUUAUUGAUCGUUGUGUCACCGAAGGAAAUGUCUCUCCGUGGGACUCUCGCGCUCCUGCUGUUCCUCGCGUGUCUUUCACAGCUCAUCUUCACUGCUGAAAGCAUUAAGGGAGCGGGGAGGAAAGGAAGGAGGCAGGAGAGCCGAGGUGAUAAUAACAUUUCCGUACAAAAAGGAAAGUUCACAACCAAGGACAAGGCGCAGUGCUCGUGGGUGGCACGCGGAGAGGACAAGUACACCAUGACUGUUACAUGUAAGCCUGGAAAAGGGGAUGGAUUCACCUGUAAAUAUACUGCCAAGCCCGCGACGUGCACCGAAUAUGGGUCUAAUCCCGAGGGCUAUUGGAAACAGAUCGCCAGAUCAGUUAAAAAGCAGAAGAAACUUUGCGCGGAUCCGCGCGCAAUGAUCCGAGCGGGCAUGUGUAAGCGCGCGCCGCUGGAUGCGCAUUUCAAACUCUCCGAAACGUCACAAGCGAAACCCCCCAAGACAGAGAAGACGCCGAUAGCCACGAACACAACGCCUCCGGACACUAAGCGACAGUGCACGGAGCGCAUUGACCACAGCGAGGUAGCUAAAGAGAAGUGCGGAGAUUCCUGGGCAAGUCUCUGCGCGUUUCUCUUCACUGUAAUCCAGAGCGGAGAUUGCUAAACGUGCGCGCUUUUACUCGACGUGUAUGUAUGCGUUUGUGGGUACUGUUAUAGGCUACUACUGAUUUUUUUUUAACCGU